AUGGCAGCCAGGAGGAGAGGCCGAGGCGCAUGUCUCAGCUUUCUCGGGAUUGUGCUGGCGCUCUCCCUAUGGUGGCCGAGCACGGAGUCCCCAUUUGCCGCCCACGACUUUGCCGGAGGAGCCCGAGUGAGACCACACCCUCUGCAUGCUGGAGUCGCCUUGCGUGCCGCUGCGCAAGAGGACCGGCUCGAUCUCGAGGAGGUGGUCGCAGAAGCCGAAAGGGUGCUGGAGGACAACGGCACGAUGAAAGAGAUCAAAGCCGUCUUGCGAAAAGCGCGGAAGAUAUAUCCAGGGAAGUGGACCCUUUUAGGGCUGAAAGACGAGUUGCAACAAGAACUGCGCGAGUUUGUGGAAGAGGCCAAAGCAGCCUCAAAGGGCUUGAAAGAGGUGGAGAAGGCGGAGAAGAAGGUGGAGAAGGCAAAGAAGGAGGAGGCCGCCGUACAGAUCAACACGCCGAGGCAGGAGUGCCAGCAGGAGUUGGUGCAGGCAUUGGAACAGCAGUUCGGCAGCCGUCGACCGGAUCGCUUUGAGUGGCCCUCGCGGCUGACAACCGGCUCCUUCUCCUUUAAGCAGACGAAGCAGCGCAAGGAGGCAUUUGGGAACCUCUUCCGCCUGUGGGAAGACCAUGCAGUUUCCACCACACAGCGUGAGAAGCUGUCACUGCCUGCUGUGCCGUCUGCCCCAGGCAUGGGGAAGAGCCGUUUUGCUUGGCUUUGUGCGACCAAAGGGCGACUAUCGCGUGAUGCAACUGUAGACAACGAGUGGCAGGAGACCAUGGAUACUAUUUCCAACCUGACAUUCAAGCAGUCGUUGGAGAAGGCUGUAGGAGUGGCGGUCAGCUUCAACUGCGACGCUGCCCCGGUGCCGGGCGAGGAGCCCCAAUUCAUGCUGGGAGUCCGCAUGGUCUUUGGCCACUUCCUGGAUGCCACAAAAACGCCUUUCCCAAAGUUCUUGGCUUGGCUGCGCAGGCUCCAGCGCCUCGAAAUCACUGAGACUGAAGCAUGGGAGAUGAUCGACAGGGACGUUUGGGAACACUUCCAGGAGAGCCGCGACAUGAUCCUAACAGUGGAUGAGCCGUUGCAGCUGAGGGCUUUGAUUACCUCGGCGAUGAGGCUCAUCACAGCCGGACGCGUCCAUGUGCUGAUGACGUCCCUGUCAGGCGCAGACCUCGACGAGGCAGCCAACGGGCGAACAGUGCACUUCCUCGGGUUUCAGAGGCUUGACAAGGAGGCUGUGGAUAACCUGGUGGAAGCAGAGGACGAGAAAACGAGAUCAAGGUUGAAAGGGGCUCGCUUUGAGUUUCUGCUGCGGGAGUGUGCCGGCGUGCCCAGACUGAUCGAGAAAGUGUUUGAGGUAGCAAGGUCCCCUGCGAUGAACGACAAAUCUUCAUGUGACGCAAUCCGCGUUUGGGUCGGGACGAAGUUCCAACAGCUCAGCAAGUACAAGAACAGGAACCAUAGAAGCGCCGCGCUCGUAUCUGCGCUUUCUUUCCACGCUCAAAGCCAGGCUCGCGAAGACCAAACCCGCGCCGCAGAGCGGGAAGGUUACCUAUUCGACGGGCUAAUCCCUCCCCUGCUGUUGAAGUGGUGGUGGGUUGGGCCUGAUGAGCAGGGCGUUCUGGAUGAGGCGCAUGCACUUCUUAAGUCGGCCUGCGAAAUCUGUGCUAUGUCCGAUGUGUUGGGUGGCGCCCAACACGGGCCGAACUUUGAGAAGCAGAUGGCAAGCCUUUGGAAGAUGCUGACCAUCACGGACUCCAUCUUCCGGAGAGAGGAAGGCCGGGGCCAGCCAAGGAGCAUCUUGGGAAUGCUGGGCGGAAACCGGCUUCCAGCGGCCAGCCGCAUGGUAUCACGGUACAGCGCCGCUGCCGCCUUCGACAAGCCGUUGCGUGAGGUUGCUACUUGGAGUUUACUGAAAUCCAAAGAGGAGUUCCAGGGCGACCUUCCGGUGCGCAUGGAGCUAAACACUUGCUACUUCCCCAAGUCUCCGUCGUAUUCCGGCUUUGACUUUGCCUUGCUGGAGCCUUAUGGCGACCAGGGUGUUUUGGUGCUGGUGGAGUGCAAGUUCUCCAAAGAGUUGGCAACAACAAAGCUGUCAACAGAAGACAUCGUCAACAAGUUUGUGUUAGCCUUGAGAAAUUGCCCCAACAUCCAGGGUUUCCUGGCAGAAGGCCGGCUCUGUUUUGUGAUUGGGGGCUUGCGCGAAUGCACAGUUGAUGUGGAGGCAGCAGCCACAGAGAUUGUGGGUAAGCUCAAAAAGGAAUUUGAUAUUUCUGAGCAGCAAGUGCACAGCUCCCUGAUUGUCUUACAUAGGGAACACACCAAGGCGCUCCUGAGACCGACUCUAUCAUGCCUUCCACCAUUUGCAGAGCUGUAA